UCUUCUAUGUUCUCUCGAAAUGGAAAAUACAAACAACACCACACGGUUAGAUCUUCCCGACAGGAAUGGAAACGUGACGGGCUUAGCCGAAGUGGCACUAAGUUACCAGAUUUUUACGUCCUUGCUCCUAGCAGCGUUAAUUCUCUGUGCCAUAUUUGGGAAUACCUGCGUGGUCGCAGCAAUCGCCCUUGAGAGAUCCCUUCAGAAUGUGGCAAACUAUUUGAUCGGAUCUUUAGCCGUCACGGACCUCAUGGUUUCUGUACUAGUGUUACCCAUGGCAGCCCUUUAUCAGGUCUUAAACAAGUGGACCCUUGGACAGGUAACUUGUGACAUUUUCAUUUCUUUAGACGUGUUGUGUUGCACAUCUUCCAUACUGCACUUGUGCGCAAUCGCGCUAGACAGAUACUGGGCGAUUACCGACCCCAUAGACUAUGUGAACAAGAGGACUCCCAGGCGCGCAGCGAUCUUAAUCAGUCUCACUUGGAUAAUAGGCUUCUCGAUAUCUAUUCCGCCGAUGUUAGGCUGGAGAAAGCCCGAGGACAGGGCUAACCCCGACGCUUGCACCAUCAGCCAGGAUCCUGGGUACACGAUCUACUCGACUUUCGGCGCUUUUUAUAUUCCGCUGCUUCUAAUGCUGGUUCUCUAUGGGAAGAUAUUCAAAGCUGCUAGGUUCCGAAUCCGAAAAACAGUCCGCAAGCCGGAGAAAAAGAAAGUGUCGGACAGAUGCUUGGCAGUGUCUCCAGCCAUCUUUCAUAAGAAGAGCAACGGGGAGACGAGCAAGAACUGGAAGCGCAGCGUGGAGCCAAAGCCAAACUCGUGCGUAAAUGGCGCAGUUAAACACGGGGAAGACGGGGAGUCUCUGGAGAUUAUAGAGGUUCAGAACAACUCCAAACAACAUCUUCCUUUGCCAAACACUCCGCAGUGUGCUCCGUGUUUCGAAAACAGAAACGAAAAGAACACAGAGGCUAAGAGAAAAAUGGCUUUGGCGAGAGAGCGCAAAACUGUCAAGACGCUUGGGAUCAUUAUGGGCACUUUCAUUCUGUGUUGGUUGCCGUUCUUCAUCGUCGCUUUGGUUUUGCCUUUCUGUCGUGACAAUUGCUGCAUGCCAGAGUGGCUUGGGGCAGUAAUCAACUGGCUCGGCUACUCAAACUCUCUUUUGAAUCCAAUUAUAUACGCCUACUUUAACAAAGACUUCCAAAGUGCUUUCAAGAAAAUUAUUAAAUGCAAGUUUUACAGACCAUAAACUUUCUCUUCUCGGUAUUUUCGUGAGGUAAAAGCUAUUGACUUUAAAACCUACAGUAUGACUGUAUGCCUCCUCCCACGUGCGUCCCUUCUUUUCUGAGUGUAAAGGACCAGACGUUUGCGUAUAGUAAUGUAAGCCGCAAAGGACUGUGUAUGUGGAAUUUGAUCUGACUUCUGAAACUGAACAAGUCUAAAACAAAAGACUUAUUGGCUGUGCGGACGGGCAAAAAAGUGAAAAGGAACAUGUAUCACGCUGUUUUGUGUAUCUCGUGUUCUACAUUUGCAACGCAUCGUUGUAUUUCCAUGCAAAGAUUAUCACACGGUGUGCUACAUUCCGAUUGUACAAAAUUUGGGACUUUGUGGUUUCCGAAUUAUACUUAACAUGGUACCUGCUUCCUAGCAUCACAAUAAACCACGCAGUUACUGAACAA